AUGCGCAGCGCCGAACAGUUGACCCACCCCGCGUUUGCUCCGGACCCCAACACCAGUGAUUUAGACCGGCGCUUUUCACAAUUCGAGUACUCUGUUCCUGGCCCUGAACAGAAUCAGCCCCAGACUUUAAAUCGGUCGCAAAGCCAGCGUCAGAAACCUCUACGUGACAGACCGACCGUCAACGUCGUUGCCCCUGAGGACUCUCAGCGCAGAAAGGGCCUAUUCUCGUCCAGUGUCGAGCGCACCAUCUCUGUCAAGGGCAAACCAAUCUCCCUUCCCAUCUCACAACCUGCCUCACCCGGGAUUUUACAGUCGGAGACCCUAGACGAGACCGACGAAUUUCCAUCGCAUCUCCGGCAUUCCUACUCGGAGAACCCCUCACCUGUGACCGCACCGCAAUCUCUCACCUAUCAACAGCAACACCAACCGGCUCCACGAACUCCCAGACCUUCCCAUCCUGCUCACACCCAAGACAACUCCGAUUGGUCGCAGCAGCCAGUACAACCUGCCCAACCACUUUAUACCAAAACCCAGCGGUCCAACCCCGAGCCAGCCCUGCUUGAACAGUACGUCCGACCGUCGCCUGCCGAUAUCGUCCCCGACUCGCCACAAUACGCGCCGGACCAUAUUCAACAGGGACAGCCUUUCUCCCCUGGGCAGGAUUCGGUAUUGAAUACCCGCCCCCCAUCCCGGCAGACUCUCGAGGCGCUUUCCCCGUUACAGUCCAAUUAUCCUGACGCCAUGCAGUCUUCCGGGCGGGCAUCACAAACUCAAGGUCAAUCUCUACAGCUGGACAGACAAAAAUCUGCAGGUUCCCCGCAACAGGAGAGGAAUCAGCAAGACCGGAGUCGGCAGGGUAGUGUGUCAAACAACAUGCCUGAUCCCGGACGGUGCACACCCACCAAUGCACACCGCCGCGAGUCCGGAGAAGUGGAUGUGCGGGCAUUGAUCCAGAAGCAUGAUGAACUCCAGGCCAAGUAUUCCAAGGUGAAACGAUAUUACUUUGAGAAAGAUGCGCAGGUUCAGCAUCUCCAGAACACAGUAGCGCACCAACGGAUGGCGGUGUCGCGUACCGUGCUUGACGAUAAUGAAUAUACCAACAGAUUCCAGCGACUUGAUGGAGCGAUUAAAGAUCUAGCAUUCUCCAUGCGCAAAUACUGGCGUAUUAUUCCAUCCUGGCUAAAUGGAAUGGUCACCGACGAUGCUUUAUCGGUCGGCACGAAAGAAAUGACCGCGGUCGGACGGGCGGUAAUCAGCCGAUGGCUAUUAGAAGAAGUAUUCCAGCGUUAUUUCCAUCCAUCCUUGGAUCCAGGACUCAGCAUGCAGUUGAAGAAUAUUGAAAUGAACCUGCGACGGCAGCGACCAUCGUCUGAUGAGGACCGAGAGAAUGCCUCUGCCAGACUUUCUUUCUGGCGUCGCACGACCUUCGAUGGAUUGAGUGAGUCCUUAGUCGGACCUGAAGCCCAAGAACAUCGCAUUGAGCUAGUUGAGCAUCUAAUCGCGGAACUUGCUACCUUCAUGGGAUCUCAGCUGCACGAAAUUGCACUGCCAGGGUUAGAAGCAAGCGUGCGCAUGAUCAUUGAGAACUCAAUCAACAUCAUCGAGAAAAUCCCUCUCGAAGCCCGCGAUGUUUGCGUCGAUUACUUCCUACCGGGCAUCUCUCUCGCCGAGCAAUACAUGAAGGUCGAAGGCCAACUACCAGCACUGAGCCACCCGCCCCCACCACCAGCUGACCCAGAGCAGCUCGAUGAGCCUGCUGCGACAGAAGGAGAGAUCUCAUCUAUCUCAACCGCUACAGUAGUAGAGAAUACUUCACCGGCACAGCAAAAGUCCACAAAGAAGUCCUUAUUUGGCGGGUUGAUAAGCCGAAAGCAUGCCUCCGAGAUCAGUCGUCCGGCGCCGGCGCCCGGACCAACUGAAGAAAAGAGCGAGCCUGUAGAGGUAGCUCCAAGCACCCCGCGCAUUCGGUUUGCAGCGUUCUUGGCCGUUGAAGUGCAUGGCAAGGGCCCUGCAACAGUGCUGAUCAAGUCGCCUGUGUGGCUGGUUGAAUAA